AAUAGAUAAAUAAUAAUAAAUACCGUCGCAUUUGCAGUUAAAUCUCUCUCCCGCAAAAAGAAGACACGAAGGAGGCGAAGGGAUUCUCUUCCUCUUGUUGUCGGUUCCCAUUUCCCGCGAAAACCCUAACGAAGUUAUCUGUCAGGUAGAGCAAAAUGAUGAGGCUGCGAACCUAUGCUGGUCUCAGUUUGGUUGCGACGCUAGCUGUAAUUUAUCAUGCAUUCAACAGUAGAGGCCAGUUUUAUCCUGCUAUGGUUUAUUUAUCAACCUCUAAGAUCAGCUUGGUGUUGCUUCUCAAUAUGGGCCUGGUCAUAAUGUGUACCUUAUGGCAGUUAACGAAACGAGUAUUUCUUGGGUCUCUUCGUGAAGCUGAGAUCGAGAGGUUGAAUGAACAGUCAUGGAGAGAGGUCAUGGAGAUCCUCUUUGCAAUCACCAUUUUUCGGCAGGACUUCUCUGUUACGUUUCUUGCAAUGGUUACGGCUCUGUUGUUAAUCAAGGCUUUGCAUUGGUUGGCACAGAAGAGAGUCGAGUACAUUGAGACAACCCCUUCUGUUUCCAUGUUGUCUCAUGUUCGGAUAGUUUCUUUUAUGGGUUUCCUUCUUCUUCUAGAUUGUCUGUUCUUGUACAGUUCUAUAAAGUUUUUGAUCCAAACACGACAAGCGUCAGUCUCCCUCUUCUUUUCAUUCGAAUACAUGAUACUGGCAACAACGACAGUGUCAACCUUUGUAAAAUAUGUUUUCUAUGUGAGUGACAUGCUUAUGGAAGGACAAUGGGAAAAAAAGGCCGUCUAUACCUUCUACUUGGAGCUCAUUCGGGACUUGCUUCACUUGUCCAUGUAUCUGUGCUUCUUUCUUGUGAUCUUCAUGAACUAUGGUGUACCUCUGCACUUAAUACGGGAGCUCUAUGAGACCUUUAGGAAUUUCAAAAUUCGUGUUGCUGAUUACAUGCGUUAUAGGAAGAUCACUUCAAACAUGAAUGAUAGAUUCCCAGAUGCAACCCCAGAAGAGCUCAAUGCAAGUGAUGCAACUUGUAUUAUAUGUCGAGAAGAGAUGACCACAGCAAAGAAGUUAGUUUGUGGACAUCUUUUUCAUGUGCACUGCCUUCGAUCAUGGCUAGAAAGACAGCAUACCUGCCCUACAUGCAGAGCACUGGUUGUACCACCUGAAAACGGAACAAGCUCAGCUGGAGGGCAACAUGGACCUCGGUCAGAUGCUCAUCAACAAGGGUCAAGCACAAGUUCAGCUACCCAAGGUCCUGGUGGUGACAUGGCCACUGAUAAUUUGACCCAGCAUCAGGCCAGGCUUCAGGCUGCUGCUGCAGCAGCAUCAAUAUACGAGAAAUCCUACAUCUAUCCUUCUGCAAACACACUAGUUUGGUCUCCUGGAUAUGCUGUACUUCCUCAGGCUUAUGGGCCUUCGGCUGACUCCACCAAGGUCGAAUCUAGUGGGGAAAGAACAUUCAUUGGACAACAGCAGUUUGCCAUUCCUGGUGGACAUGCAAACUUGUCCUUUCCGCAAUUCCCACAUUGUGUUUUUGUCCCUUUCGAGUUACCUGGUGCCAAUGGAAAUUCAGGAGAGGGAUCGGGUAGUUAUCAGAAUAUUCCAGAUUCUCAGUUGGAAGCUCAGAAGAUUAUUCAACAGAAGAUUGAGCAUCAGCUCCAACUUCUGCAGAAGCCAAAAACUGAGGAAAGCAUGGACAUUGGUCUCACAGGCUCAUCAGAUAGAAAAGGGAAGGCCACAGCAUCUUCUUCUGUUUCGGAGACCCAUAAUGGAGAGGCAGAAGAGUGAAGAGAGUACAUAGUACUUGCACAAGUGUAGUUGUUUUACAUGGGAACUAAUGAAUGAGUAUAAAGGGGGGGAAAAGUUGGCCAAAAGUUGUUGCAUUGCUUCCGUGACGGCUGAAAUCAACAGGAGCAAUGUCGUAACAACUGCGAUUUACCUUCAUCACAUUUGGAUUUUAAUUUUUAGUCUCAUUGCACUAAAGAUAGACUAUUGCAGAUAACAGUUUGUACCAAAUCUUCUUCGGUCGUUAACCUAAGAUAAGGUGUGAAUGUCUAGCACUAACAAGUAGGAACAUUCUAUUGGUGACCAUUUGUUUUUUAAAGCCUCGAAGCUUGUGACUUGUGAUUGUGAUACAUAGGAUUCGGUAAAAAAAGAUUGAUGAGUAAAUAAGUGGGCAAAUGCAGGAGGUAGAAUGAAGCUUGACUUUGUUCUUUCUA